AAAACAAACAGUCAGCUACAGUAACUGGAAGGCUGAGAGGCUGUUAUAUACAGAGUGAGGUUUUCAGGUCUUACACAGCAGGUUCAUUCACCAUAGUCUCUCCUGUCCAAUCACAGUCAUGGACUGGGUCUAUUCAACACUCUGGCUGCUGGGUGUGUCUGUGUGUGACUUUUGGGUUCCAGUCUCUUCUGCAGUGAUUGGCUGUGGGGAACCUGAACCAUUGCCGAAUGGAAGGGUGACUUUCAUAUCUGGCUCUCAGAACCAGCACCUCUCAGUCAUUCAGUACCAAUGCAAUGCGCAGUUCUACAGUCUUCCUGAAGGACAUAACGGAAACUUCACAUGCUCAUCAGACGGAAAAUGGAAAGACCGCCUGAAAAGCUCACUGAUUCCUCAAUGUAUCCCAGUGUGUGGUUGUCCUACAGUGAAACUUUCAGGAUUUGGAAGGAUUUUGGGGGGAAAGCCAGCUCCAGCUGGAUCCUUCCCCUGGCAGGUGUUGUUGACAGGUAAUGGUAGAGGAGGAGGGAUAGUGGUCGGGGACCGCUGGAUCAUGACUGCAGCACAUGUCCUGGAUCUAUAUCCCAGGGAGUUUCCUAGGGUAUAUGUUGGACACAACAAUGUGGAAAAGCUCAUCCAGUCUCCACCUCUUGAGGUCGCCUCUCUCCAUAUUCACCCUGAAUACAACAAUAUAGGUGAUGUAAACUAUGACCAUGACAUCGCCCUGAUCCAUCUCAAACAUCCAAUCACAUUCAAUGCUCAUAUCAUGCCACUGUGUCUGCCAGCAAAGGACGCUAAAUAUCCGACUGGGCGGAAUGGCUUAAUUUCAGGAUUUGGCAACAAAGAGCUUGAUAUGGCUACCAAUAACCUCAUGUAUGUUCCUCUACCUGUGGUGAACCAGACAAUCUGUAGAAAAUCUAUUGAGAAGGUGAAAAAUGAAAGAAAUCUCAGUCUAACAGACAACAUGCUCUGUGCUGGGAAUUCUGAGGGAGGCAAGGACUCCUGUACGGGAGACAGUGGAGGAGCGUACAUCCUGAAGGAGGGUGAUUAUUUCUGGGCAGCAGGGAUCGUCAGCUGGGGGAUUAACUGUGGAGAGCCUGGACAAUAUGGGGUCUACACCCGUGUGGCUAACUACGUAGACUGGAUCAAGAAGACCAUAGAGGAGGAAGAGCAAAAAACAAUUUGUGGAAGACCCAUGGUGUCCAUAGAAAUACACCAAAGGAUUCUGGGAGGGGAGAUAGCUCCAAAAGGAACAUUUCCCUGGCAGAUGCUUCUCAGUGUGGAAGGAGGCCGAUCAGGAGGGAUGGUCAUCGGGGACAGGUGGAUCCUGACUGCUGCUCAUGGCCUGGUGCAUCAACAUAACAACCAAGUCAUCAAGAAGAGUGAAGUUAUGGCAUACGUUGGCGACAACAAUGUGGAAAACCUCCUUCAGUCUCCACCUCUUGAAGUGGCCUCUCUCCAUCCUCACCCUGGGUACAGUAACACAGACGGUUUAUCCUUCAACCACGACAUUGCCUUGAUCAAGCUUCAACACCCACUCACAUUCAGUAGUUCCAUCAUGCAAGUGUGUCUGCCUGCAAAGGGUGCUGAAUACUCCACUGGAAGAGUUGGCUGGGUUUCAGGAUUUGGCCUCAAAGAUGAUGAUGAAAAGCCCAGUAACCUCAGAUAUGUCCGGAUUCCCCUGGUGGACCAGGUGAAGUGCAGAAGCUCUAUUGAUGAGGUGAGGAAGAAGAAGAGAGAAGCCCCUGAUUUGACAGACGGCAUGUUCUGUGCCGGGUUACCAGAGGGUGGAAAGGACACCUGUGCAGGGGAUGGUGGAGGGCCGUAUGUCCUGAAGUAUGGGGGAGUUUUCUGGGCAGCAGGGAUCGCCAGCUGGGGAAUUGACUGUGGAGAACCAGGCCAAUAUGGGGUCUACACCCGUGUAGCUAACUAUGUAGAAUGGAUCGAGAAGACUAUGGAGGAGAAUCGAAAUUAGGGCUGUAUAAAUUAUGCAAGAAAUGUUUGAGUUUGUCGAGGAUAGCAGCAAAUAUACAAUAUAAACACAAGAUAUGUUUUUUUUAUUUAAUUAAGGGUUUUCUGUAACUGGAGCAUAUUAAAUACAUGUUAAGUCAG